AAAUCACUCCUCAAUGAUCAGAUGUCUUGGCUCCAUCUCAUUCUCCAAUUCACUGUCCAUCUGGGUUUGGGGACUGAGAGGAAUCAUCAGGCAAAGGUUCAAGAAAAACAGGCAGAGGAGGUCUGGGUUGUCGAUGUUUAUAGUUCUCAAGAGGGAAAUAAUCUUCCCAUGACACCUGAAUAUUGGAAAGUUUACAACAGAACAAGGAAGCAAAAAAAAAAAACCAAAAACAAAAAAAAACCCAAACAAACCCCACAACAACCCCAAAAUUCUUGCACUUAAGUAUCUGCUUAACUCUUGUUUUACCCUCAGUUCCUAAGAACAUCUCUGGAGAUGGUAGAUGACCGUGCCUGUGUUAGUUCUGUUAGUUUUUGUUUAUUUCAGGACCCUAUUUUCAGAAAACUGCAGGGAGCCAACAGAAGUCUCCCAAGAUUCCCUGAGUGUAGCCCAUCUACCACAGCUUAUAUAAAAAAUGGUUACAGAAACCACCACUGAAACAACGGAUCUUUUAUUAACUAGGGGAAAUUGGAAUGGGAUGAACCAAGGAAUAGGGGGAAACUAUUAAUAUUGAACAGAUUCAACCACACACUCUUUCACACAGGAAUUAUGACGGGAUGAGUGACCCUGUCCAGAAGCUGCUGCUGAGACCAAGAACAUCGACUUCCUGGACCACGAUCACCACUGGAACCGCUGCCACAGUGGAGGAUGGGGAUGGACGACGAUGCAUCAGGUGAGAGGCCUAACUAGCUUCCCACCCUGACCCCCUUUGCGAUGUCCUGUCUGUGAGUGUCAGCCCGAAUCACUCGAGGUAAUACCCCGUGCAGGUAGGUAUGCUUCUCUUAAAAUUACUACCAUACCCCAACAAUAAACCAGACCUUGUCCCUUUAGAGGUGAGCUGUUACCUAGGCGGAUAACGGUGUCUGACUGCUUCCCAAGGUCUGAAGCAAGCAGCAGCCUCCUCUCAGCCUCUCUCCCCUUCUCCCGUUCCUGAAGGGAACGAGAAGUCUGUCCAACACGGCGGAUGACUUGUCUUUUUACAAACCCAAAAUGGCGGACCAUAAUAAACACCAUUACCAAGUAUCCAGUCAUAAUCUGAAUAGGUGGAACUCACACCUGGAGCAGCCAGAUAAGCCUUGAGUUGAGCCGGCAGAUGGCCGACUAUGCCAGCCCCUCCAAAGAGAUGGUUUGUUCUCUGAGUUUCCUGUAUAAGGCGCUAGGAACAUCCUUAACAGCUUGUCAGGACCUGGUCCAUGUUAAAUCACAGAUUCAUACAUUUCUGAAGACAACAGAUUAUAUGGAAGCCCCUGAGAGACAGGGAGUCAUUUCCAUCCUUGCAGUCUGUGCUGAGAGCCACAUGGACCUCACCUUGAAUGCGCUUCAGGAGUUUGGGGCUGCAAUGAGCAAGGUUAAGAUUUCUGGGUUCAUUGGCCGCCUGAAGGUAAAGGAGCCAGGGGGUUCUCUCAAACUUCCUUUCCCCCUGAAGCAGGGGUAGCAGCCCUGUGGUAGUGUCUGCCUUGGUCAGCUAACAUUGUCCCCCAGUGUACGCGUUCUAUGUGAUGCCUGCAGUUAAGCAGAGAGGAGCACAAUGUGGAGCUGGGGUUCUCUCAAAUGAUUUUUAUU